AGAGCAGUGAUCGCCGGGCACCGGGCAGAUUCUCUCGCUCCACCUGGUGGGAGCCGGCCUGCGCGCAGGGGACUGGUGCAGGCAACAUGGUUUCUGCAGUGGCGUCCGGCCUCCUCGUCCCCCUGCUGCUGCUCUGGAGGGCCCUGCCGCUGGCCGCCCACUCUGUGCCCCUGCAGGCCGCCUUCCUGGAGGACCUGGGGGGCAGCGGGGAGGUUGAGGGCUCAUCGGCCUCGUCCCCGAGCCUCCCGCCACCCCGGACCCCCGCCCUCAGUCCCACAUCGGUGGGGCCGCAGCCCACGCCCCUGGCGGGCCCCAGGCCCCCCACCAACUUCCUGGAUGGGAUAGUGGACUUCUUCCGCCAGUACGUGAUGCUCAUCGCCGUGGUGGGCUCCCUGGCGUUCCUGCUCAUGUUCAUCGUCUGCGCCGCCCUCAUCACGCGCCAGAAGCACAAGGCCUCCGCCUACUACCCUUCGUCUUUCCCCAAGAAGAAGUACGUGGACCAGAGUGACCGGGCCGGAGGCCCCCAGGCCUUCAGCGAGGUCCCAGACAGGGUUGCCGACGGCCGGUCCGAGGAGGCCUUGGGUUCCUCUCAGCAGCUCCAGGCCGACAUCCUUGCUGCCACCCAAAACCUCAAGUCUCCGGCCAGAGCGGGCCCAGGCAGUGGCGAGGGAGCCAGGAUGGAGGACAAAUCAGAGGAGGAGGCCAAGGGCGGCCUGGAGGUGGCGCAGGAAGCCCCGGGGCCUGGGGGCGCAGCGGAGAACGCAGCAAUGCCAGAGGAACCCUGCUCGGUGGUGGUGGAGGGGGCGACGGGGGUCGGCGAAGUCCAAGAGGGGCCACGAGGGGCCCCUUCACUAGCCCAGGAAGCUGGGGGGACAGAUGGUCCCCCUGAAAGUCCCUGUGCGUGUAGCAGUGUCACCCCCAGCGUCUAAGUGGCCUCAGGGGCUGCCUGUGCUGACUGUUGAACCCCUCGUGGUCACCCCCCUGGGCAUGGAAAGGACCUCAGUCCUUCGCUGCACCCUAAAACCGCUCCUCAGCUGUCCCCUGCUGCAAGUCCCGGCGCGAGUCCUGAUCCUUCUGCGGUCAGAUAUGCUGCUCUCAGCCCUGGCCCGGAGCCUCUCACCAAGUUGCAGAAAUAGUGGCCCCCACAGCCCCAGAGGGCUACCCACCAAAACAGCUCCUCGUGGAGGUGGGGAUGGCGAGGGGGGUCCCAUCCCAGCCUCCACGGAACACAAAAUCAGCCACGCAGCUGGGAAACGCGCGUCUGGUCCUGUGUCAGCACAACCUCACAAGUUGCCCCUGCAGGCGAAAAGAAGAGCAGAGUAAGCAGGCCUUCACGGGGAGCUUGGGUGCUGGGGGUGCAGGGGGUGCGGACGCAGGAGGCAGAGCGCUGGGCCUGCUUCUGGGAGCCCCGUCCCCCCUGAGCCGGCCAGAGCUACCACAGAAGUGGUCUGGUUAGUCCGUGUUAUGACUUGGUCCUUAAAUGAGCAUCUCCCAAACUGGGUUCCCUGAGGAACUCUGUGGAAGAAAGAUUUUGAGGGCCAAUGAACUGGGGGAACAUGUUUCUCUGCUGCCCACGCCCGCCUGAGAGCACCCAAGACUCUGACCACCCCACAGUGAAGGCCACUGUGGAGUCCGGCUUUGCUAGCCUUUCGCAAACCGCCCUGGAGUGGAGAGCAAUUUUUUAUUUUUGUUGCAGCUACAAUGAAAAUUUGCAGAGCACAAUCUGGAACUAUGUGCCCUAAAUGUUCCCAAGGGUGCCCCCACUGUCUGGUUGGCCCAGGUUAGGCUGUGGGCUGUGGGGUCUCUCCAGGGCCCAAGUGUCUCAGCUCACGGUGAAUUUCUCAUUCUCCGGCGCCUGGGUGGGGUCUGACUCCAGCUGUCCCUACAGCCUGCCCAGCAGCCCAAAGCUCCGGGCUGCUGCCAAGGCCCCGGGCCAUGAGGGUCUGAGGGGGCAGGAGGGGCUCCCUCGCCCAGCCUGGAGUGGGGUCCCUGCUCCCCACCUCCUGCUCACACCUGUUUUCUGGCAGCCGUGUUCACAGCAUUCCUUAGUAGUUGACAAGGGAGCCUGAGCUCCGUCUUGAACUGGGGAGGCUGAUUUGAGGGGUUCUCCUCCUACCCCUCUACCUGCCCUCCCCCCUCCCCAACCUCUGCACAGCUCUCCAGGUGCUGAGAUGCCCGAAGCUCACAAUAAACCUUGA